CGCAAUCAUAAUCAAGAGAGUUAAUGACUCUGAGCUAUGCUGGAAAUCUAUAUAAACGUUAACAGGAGACCAGGAGUUUUUAUGGUGUGACUGCAAAACAUUACAUACAAAAUGUAUUUAGUGUAUAUAAGCUUCGUUGUAUUUAUUGUUGCGUGCGAGGGUUUGCACAUGGCAAAGCGAGGUCAAGAGUGCACGGAGCUUAAAGAAUGCAUCUCCAUCAUCAGUGGCUUUGAUCCAACUAACAUCAUGAGUGUCUUUUCCUUGACAGACCAAGACAAUUACGAUCAGUUCUGUCAGCAACAAGAUGCGGUCCAGGUGUGUGUGGAGCACUAUAAAGGCGAUUGCGAGGACACUACAGCAGUGGAUGUAGCCAAUAGCUUUGUGGAUACGCUCGAGUUUCUGUGCUCGGACGAAGGAAAUGAUGUUCUAACGACAUUGUCCAACUCUCCAUGUGCCAGUGAGGAAGAUGUGCAGAACUCGGCCUUAAACGACCUUCAGGUCUGCUUCGAAACAUUUCAGACAGAGUUCCAGGUUCAAGCGCUAAAGGAAAUAAGCGAAGGUCGAUUUUUAGAAAACAUCAACAUGUGUCCAUUCUUGUCUACUCUAAAAACUUGCGUCAAUGGUGCUCUGACCACUACAUGCGGAGAUGGAUUAAGUCCAGUCAUGGAUAGAUUGUGGGAGCUCAAUCAGGCCUCUACCCCAGAACUGGCGGGCAACUGCUAAUUUAGUACUAUAGAAAAUGAUCAUCUUUUGAUGUCAGGGACUGAAAACAAACUCCAACAUCUAGACAGAAUUCGAAUACGUGACAAAAAGCAAGUUUUAAGUGCUCUUUUUUUUUGUAAAAGUAUAACUAAUUUACGAAAUUAAACAUUCAAAAAAAUUCA